AUGGUGACGCCGCUACUGCUUCUUAUGGCGCUCAACACUCCGCUAGAAGCGGCGUCGAGCGUCGUGACCGUGCUAGACUGCAUCUGCGACAGGUUCUUCGACAGGGAAUUGGAAGAGACGGCGAACAGUAUGCUGCGCCCGUACUGCGUCGGUCCUUACACCAUAUUCAGUAAGCCCUCAUGCGAAGACAACAUUCCGGAUGUCUUCCCUAAAGGCGAGUACGCUGUGGACAGACCAUCAUGCGCAUACGCCUUGAAGGAGGACGACGACCCACAAAAGUACGGUAGAAACGGCUCCAGGUGCGAAGACGCCAUGAUGGAUGACGCCUUCAGCAGCUCGCUCGCCAUGGUUGCUCAAAUGAUUCCUCAUCGCAACAGCUCAGCUCGCCUGCGUGGUGAUCCGCCCGACACGUGUGGCUCUGUAGACGGGUUGCGAGAUAUGGAAGCCGACGACGCCAGCAACUUGCUGUGUCAAGUCGUGCCAGAGAUAAUGAACACCGUGCCAGGCGAAUGGUUGGUGGACAUGCAACUGAGUGAGGAAGUACUUCAAAUACCCCAUCAGCGAAGAGAGCUGUUGGACAAACUAUUACUAACUAAUGCCUGGCUUUCGAAAGCCAUAAUCAUCAAUUAUGAUUGCCAUGUGUUGAGAAGCGACAGCCAAACCAGCUCUAUGGAAAUUGGUGUUGACGACAUCGUUCGCAACUUGAAGCAGCAGACAUCCCGUGAUUUGAGUGACCACGCUCACAUCCUCUCACUUGCAGUCAAGAGCAUCGAAAGUACUUGA